AGCGACCGAUAUUCUCUCUCAACGUUUGGGGCCUUUCGGGCUCGAAAAAGUAAGUACAAAAGCACGCUAUCUUCUAGAAAAUAAAUGACCCUCUAGCGAUAGCGUUUUGGACGAUUUUUUAGCUUUACCACUGAACAACGCCGGCGCUCAGAUCGGCCUGCAGUAAACAAAACUCUACUUGAUAUUACAGAUACAGCGUACUGAAAAGUUUAAGUGAGCACCCGAAUAUAUCUUUAUCUUCUUCCGUGAUAGUAUAGUGAUUCUCAACAAACCUAUUCUUUUUUGGCAACGGUUUUGCACCGAUUUUGGUUCCUUGCCGAAGGUAGGUGCAGCACUCGUGUUUCUUUCCUGCAUCAAAAACCGCCCACGUAAAACCAGUGUUUGUGUUAGUCGUGUUACUGUUCGAACCCGUGAAAGUAGUCCAAAUACAAAUUGUAGGACAUUUUGUGUCACAUUUCAUAGAACUAGUCGAGGCUUCAGAAGUGUAUUUGAUAGAACCGCGAUAUCAACGUAUUAUUUUUGCAUUCCCAGGAAAAAGUACUACAGUUUCAAUUUAGCUUUUCUUUGGUCUUACGAACGCUUUUAGCGCAAAAAAGAUAGACCUGACUGAACUAGUUCAAGUUCCAAUCUGUGCCGUACAAUUUCAGCAGCAGUUUCAGAUAGAAGCAAACGCAGAAUAGGGCGAAAAUUGGAGCAAGCAGUCGUAAACAGUGGAGAGAUGUACUACUAGAAUCAAGAUGGCAGGACAACUAAACUAGACCUAGGUUUGACAGAGGCGCAACGAAGAACCGAAACGAGAAAAGACGACAAGAUGGCAGCUACUUUUCAUCACCGUUUGCAUUGCACUAAAGCCCUGACGACCACCUUCGCGUAGAAGCUUCACCAGCUCCGUUAAAGACGCCUACACAUUUUUCUCUUCGGAAUCUGUGCUGGUCGGAGCAGACAGAAAUCACGCGGCGUGCAAGAAUCUUUUGCGAGUAUACAUCGGCAUCCAAACAACGACUUCAAACAGAACUUGAUUCUAAAGUAACUCUCCUUGGAGAGCCUGUAACUUUAUCUUCCUGGUACAGGAACGCACACGAUCACGACUACAAUCGUGGCGGUAUCACCGGAUUGCACGACGGCACCCAGAACUACAACACACAAGGACGAAGAGAAGAGCAGUACUUACUUACGACACCGAGGAGCUGCAAUCCAUCGCAUCUGUAGACGUCGUAGUCGAGAAAUAAGCUUCGCCCGUCACCGCCGUGCAGAUUAUCGAGCAAAAGGAAUCGGUGGGCAGGACCUGAUAGGGAGCAGUAGAACUUGUGAAAACAACAACAAGAAGCUUCCAACGUUUACAACUAGUACACCUGAUACUAGCUACACCCGACUAUAAUUUUUAUAUCCUUAGCCAUGGCAGCAGCCGUUCAAGAGAACAACCAGCAGAAGCAAAACUGGGGGGACAUGAGCAGUGACGAGGAGCACAACCUCCAGCCUCAGUCCGCGGCCCAGCAAGCCCCCGGCGGCGGUGGUCUCCAGACUGCUUCUACGGUCUUUUCCAACGCUGACUCCACCUCUGUGCCGACAAUCGCGUCCACGAAAACCGCCUUGGUGAAGGGACAGCGUUGGGCCGAUGUUUCUUCCGAUUCCGAAGUCGAGGAAAUUGCACCUCCCUCCCGGACUAUGACACAGCUGUCCUCGUCUCCCAAUGGUUUGGGGAAUACCGGUUCGACCACAACGUCGUCGAACAACAAUAAUAAUCAUAAAACAGCGUCUAAAUCGGGGUGGAAAGACUGGAAAUCGGAUUCGAAAGGAGAGUGGAAGGAUUGGGACAAGGACAACAAUAGUAAACAAGCGGACUACAAGAAGAAAAAGUGGACGGACCAAGAAUGGAAAGAGUGGAAGGAAUGGAAAGACAGCAGUAAAGACCACAAUAACUCCAGAUUGUCAGAAAGGACAAGCUCUUACUACAGCAAAAACGACACAACUUCCACCGGAGGUGGUGCCGGUGGAAAUAACAGCGGCGGUGGGUACAACAAUAAAACGAAAGAAGGCCGGGAUUCCUUCAGCCGGCGGAGUAGGAAGGGGGAAGGGAAAGACGGUAGUUCCUCGAAAGAAGGAAAACAAGAUCUUAAGCGAGUCAGCUCCUCUACUUCCAAACACGAUAGUAACACUGGCAGUACUAGAAAAUCCGAGGGAAAAAGUACCGAGAAAGGGAAGGGAAAGAGAAGUAGUAAGAAGGGGAGUAAGGACGGAAAAGACAACAGUAGCGCAGCUGCUGCUGACGCAAAUUAUGGAGGCUCCGACAUGAUUCCGCCGGAAAAAGAUAACAUUUCCCGCACCGUGUCUACGAAGCGAAAGACCCGGGAGAUUGGCGAGGACGAAGAUUGGUCUGCCGACGAGGAAGCGGUAAUACCCGCGGCUCUGCGGCGGACAGAAACGGAAGAGCCGGCAAAGGAGACGAAAAAGGGGACUAGCGGAUAUUUUGGUAUAGUUUGAUAAAGCUAGAAGUACGUAAAACAUAAAGGAGUGCUCAAAUUCGUUGCCUUUAUCUCCAUGAGAGGACUGAGCGUCAUAAUUUUGCUUCAUCUGCAUGACAAAUCUAGUAAAUCGCCUUCGAAAAAUUUAUCAAUCAAAGGUCGAUUCGGGAUGGUGGAAUCCUCCGAUGAAGAGGACGACGAGGACGCGGAGGAGCGAGAUUCCGACGGUGAAUCUGAGGAAGAGCAGGAGGCUGCGUCGUCCGACGAGGUAAUAGUACAAAAACUUUUUGUGUUUACUACUUUGUCAUGCAGCUUGGUUCGCGAAACCGAAAUAUCUACGGUUUGUCUUGUCAUGCGAAGAAUUGGAAUUCAAACUGGACGAUGACGGCGACGAUUCUGAGAAAUCGAAAUAGAAGUUCGCUCAGCACACUAUCUAACAACACUACCAGGCCGAGGAUGAGGAUGCGGAGGAAGAGCAGGAAGCCGCUUGUUCCUCGGAAGUAGUAGAGCCAGGCGAAAAUAAACAAGAAGCUGCAGUAGACACGACCACUACUUCCAGCAAGAAUAACCAGGACGCUACUAGUUGUACUACAACUUCUAUCACAGGAAAAAAGUGUUACAGUUACACAUUUGUUGGAGUUUGUGCAUCACAAAGUUGCUCGACAUAGCAAAGAAAACCUGUGAUGCGCAGACUAUAAGGGAAAACACGAGUGAAAUGAUGCUGGCAAGCAUUUCCUGCAUGACAGAGGUUGUCUGUCAUGCUGGGCCUGCAACACAAUGUGUAACUGUAACACUUUUUUCUCCGGAUAACUUCGGAUAACAAAAACGCCGACGCGCCGACACCCACGACUGCCGCUGGGAAGAAGAAGGGCAAGAAAGUAUCAAAAGGAAAAAUCCCCCCUCCCCAUAUCGAAAACGAAAUUUGUGAUGCUGUAUUUGAGUACACAAAUCGACUUGUAAUGAUAGAAGGCCAGGAGACGCACCUGUGGCCUCGGUUGCAGGCAAUUUGUCAUGCUGUCUCCCACUUCCAGCUGCCCCCUGUCAUGCUGAAGAUGCAAGGCUUUCCCACGCCAACCAGCACUACAGUCCGCAUCUUUUCCCUUCUAGCAUGACAAAUUUGAUUUGUGACCACAAAUCUGCAUCACAAAUUUCUAGUUUGAGUAUGGGGUGGGGGGAUUUUUCACUUUGAUAGAAAGCAAAGGCGGCAAACGAAGACGAAGAUUUAGACGCGAUUUUAGCGGAACUGGGGAUGGAAGAACAGAAGGGUAUUCGUUUGUUUCUCGUUAGUUUUUGUUUUGUUUUUUUCAGAAAAUAUUACUGAUGCACGAAUUAUACGAAGUUGAUGAAUCAACAAAACGAAAAGAGGCUGCAAAUCACAAAAUAAACGAUAACUUAACUGCAAAAUAACUACACCUAGGUGCUGAUCCGAAGGACACUUCCACACCAAAGGCCGAGGAACAGUUGUCCACUCCUGAGCUGCUCAAGGACAACAUCGAGGACGAGACAGAAGGCGCUGGCGAGCAGGUUUCGAAAAACAAGAAAAAGAAGAACAAAAAGAAGGCCGCAGCUUCCAAGGACAAUAAUACAGACACCAAUACGUCAACUUCCCCUGCUGACGAUACCGCCGGCGGUGGUGUGGUGGAGCAGACUCCGAGCACAACUUCGGAGGCCAUCGCGGCAGUAAAGGCAAUAUCAAAUGCAAAAAUGUCUGGGGGUGGAAGAUUUUGAGAUUUGUCACGUUUGUCUGGCAUGACCAAAAAGUUUGUGAUGCCUGUCCAAGAAGAGACCCUUUUGCCUGUCAUGCAAAAACGCAGUUUGUCAUGCGAAAAACGCAACACAAAGAAGCGCAGAUAUUUCUCAUGCUUGCCUGUGCAUUACAGAGCAUUCACUAUUCCCAACGCAGCAUUACAAGUUUCCAGCCCCAGACAUUUUUGCAGUUGAUAGGCAAAGCUGAAGAAAACCAGCUCCGUGUCAAAGGAAAAAUCCGCAGCGGACAUAGCCAAAGAAGAGGCACUGAAGAAAAAAGCAAAAAACAAAUCCAAAAAGUAGAUGUAGCCGGCGGAACAGAUGCAGCUCAAGAUGAAAUCAAGCUACUUUUUCUUUUUCAGUGUCGAAAAAAUGAAAUUGUCUCUCUAUACUAGAAAGGUGAAGUGUAGUCAAGAAGCAUGAAGUUAUCUUGACCGCGACCGAGAAUGCGACUUCGCAUUUAUUUUCAAACGGUUCUAUUUGUUGUCUUUCGAUUUUCAGUUUACACACCUUGGUCUAUUUCAAUCCUGUUUGUAUAUCACACUCGAACUUUAACGGUCGCAUGAAAUUCUGUUUUACGUUAUUCUGUUUUACUGUCUUUUGCUCUUGCUCUAUUACACACACUUUCUGAUAUUGUUUGUUUGACAUUGACACCCGUCUAAUUUUCAACACUUUGACUUUCACUUUCUCUAGUCGGACUAGCAUUAGUAUCAUUGUUACACGACUUUUUUAUGCUGCCAAACAGGUUGUUAUUGUUUCAACUUUUGUCGCGUAUGAAACUUUAUGUACUUACUUAUCUACACAGGGCUUUGACGUGGCAGUUCCGCUUGUAUGUAUUGCCAUCUCGGGCUGUAUUGCCUUUGAGACCUCGGAAAUAAAACAAAACUCAAGUCGCACUCCUCCUCGUACUUGAGUACUAGUAAGUACUACUCCCUCCCUCAGAAGGGUAAAGGCCCACCCUUUACCUUUCCUAUGCAAUUAAACGAAGAUGAUCAAGAUGGGGAGCAAGAAGAGCUCGCGCACCUUGAUCGACUUUUACGUAUCAACAUAACACUCUCCUGAAGAAGAUGAAAAACAACAACACAACGGCCUCACUGGGUAAGAACUCAGAAGCUGCGGCACAGGUGCUCGGGGUCCGCCAUUGAGGAAGACAAAGAACACAAAAAUGGAACAAUUCUUGAAAACGCGGUGAAUAAAUAAAAAGAACAACUAUUUAGAACACCAGACUGACAAGCUGUUUUAGUUUUUUAGGCAGCUCUGAGACAACGACAUUGAAACACAAGAUGACCGUACAGAGGCAGGAUGUGCAAUUAUCUAUCACUUCAAGUCAUGGAUGACACACCCACCCAGGGCAGAUUAUUCGAGGGAAGAGUUAUGCUAUGUAUCAGAUAGGAUAAUUUUGAUAUCCGAAGCCGAACAAGCCAGUGCUCUUUUAACGAAUGAAAACUUUCAGUAUAACUCAACGAAGUUCAUCAUCCCUCAAAAAUCCGGAAAGCUUUCCAACUCUCCGAGUGGGGC